CGACUGGUGGCCCUAGUGCCCAUGCCCAGCGACCCUCCGUUCAAUACCCGAAGAGCCUACACCAGUGAAGAUGAAGCCUGGAAGUCGUAUUUGGAGAAUCCCCUGACGGCAGCCACCAAGGCGAUGAUGAGCAUUAAUGGUGACGAGGACAGUGCUGCUGCCCUGGGUCUGCUGUAUGACUACUACAAGGUUCCUCGAGACAAGAGGCUGCUAUCUGUGAGCAAAGCAAGUGACAGCCAGGAAGAGCCGGAUAAAAGAAACUGCCUUGGCACCAGCGAAGCCCAGAGUAAUCUGACUGGAGGAGAAAACCGAGUGCAGGUCCUAAAGACUGUUCCAGUAAACCUUUCCCUAAAUCAAGACCACCUGGAGAAUUCGAAACGGGAACAGUACAGCACAAACAUCUCCGAGAGCCCGGCCAUCAUCCCGGUGUCCGGAAUCACGGUGGUGAAAGCUGAAGAUUUCACGCCCGUGUUCAUGGCCCCACCCGUGCACUGUCCCCGGGGAGAUGGCGAGGAGCAACGUGUGCUUAUCUUUGAACAGACCCAGUAUGGUGUGCCCUCCAUGGCCAGCCAUAGCACCUACCUCAAGGAAGACCAGCGCAGCACCCCCGACAGCACUUACAGCGAGAGCUUCAAGGACGGAACCGCAGAGAAAUUCCGGAGUGCUUCCGUUGGAGCUGAGGAGUACAUGUACGACCAGGCAUCAAGUGGCACAUUUCAAUACACCCUGGAAGCUACCAAGUCUCUGCGUCAGAAGCAGGGGGAAGGCCCCAUGACCUACCUCAACAAAGGACAGUUCUAUGCCAUAACGCUCAGCGAGACUGGAGACAACAAAUGCUUCCGACACCCAAUCAGCAAAGUUAGGAGCGUGGUGAUGGUGGUCUUCAGUGAAGACAAAAACCGAGAUGAGCAGCUGAAAUACUGGAAGUACUGGCACUCUCGGCAGCAUACGGCGAAGCAGCGGGUCCUUGACAUUGCUGAUUACAAGGAGAGCUUUAAUACGAUUGGAAACAUCGAGGAGAUUGCAUAUAACGCUGUUUCCUUCACCUGGGACGUGAAUGAAGAGGCAAAGAUUUUCAUCACUGUGAAUUGCCUGAGUACAGAUUUCUCGUCCCAGAAAGGGGUGAAAGGACUUCCUUUGAUGAUUCAGAUUGAUACAUACAGUUAUAAUAAUCGUAGCAAUAAGCCCAUUCAUAGAGCUUACUGCCAGAUCAAGGUCUUCUGCGACAAAGGAGCAGAAAGGAAAAUCCGAGACGAAGAGAGGAAGCAAAACAGGAAGAAGGGGAAAGGCCAGCCCUCCCAAACCCAGUGCAACAACUCCUCUGAUGGGAAGUUGGCCGCAAUACCUUUACAGAAGAAGAGCGACAUCACCUACUUCAAAACAAUGCCUGAUCUGCACUCGCAACCGGUCCUCUUCAUACCCGACGUUCACUUUGCAAACCUGCAGAGGACAGGACAGGUGUAUUACAACACGGAUGAUGAACGAGAAGGCAGCAGUGUCCUUGUCAAACGGAUGUUCAGGCCCAUGGAAGAGGAGUUUGGCCCAGCACCUUCUAAGCAGAUGAAAGAAGAAGGGAUGAAGCGAGUGCUUUUGUACGUGCGGAAGGAGACAGACGACGUGUUCGACGCUUUGAUGUUGAAAUCCCCCACGGUGAAGGGCCUGAUGGAAGCGAUAUCUGAGAAAUAUGGAUUGCCUGUGGAGAAGAUCGCAAAGCUUUACAAGAAAAGCAAAAAAGGCAUCUUGGUGAACAUGGACGACAACAUCAUUGAGCACUACUCGAAUGAGGACACCUUCAUUCUCAACAUGGAGAGCAUGGUGGAAGGCUUCAAGAUCACGCUCAUGGAAAUCUGA